AUGUGGCCCAUUGCAGUUCUUGGCACAUUCUUCCUGUGGGCACCUCUUCAUGCUUUCUAUUUGACAACAGCUGUUGCUGUUGCACUAGAAUUCCUCUUCACUACCAGGGGAUUCACCAUUGGCUGGCAUAUGAGCCUGCUUCCUGGUAUCCUCUGUUCCUUUGUUGUCUUUUCAUGGUUACUUCCUAGCAUGGAGGCGCUGACUCAGACACUAAUAUUUGGCCUUAUUGCAAUGAAGAUGGAGGUUUCAUUCAUCCCUGCCAAGGUGAUCAUCUUUGGUACUGUGAUUGGUGAUUGGGCUGUUGCUCAUCAUCGGGGCAUCAUUUGGAUCGCACUUUGGCAUGUUGAACUGUCUUGUUACCAAUUCUGGCUUGUGUGUCACAGCUUGAGCGAACAGCUCUCCUUCAUGGCCACCACCCAGGAUGAUGACACCUGGUGUUUACAGGCAAUAUGGCCAGCAGCAUCCAGUGCAUCAGACCAAAUGUUACAGAUGACUAUGAAGAUGCACUGUUUGAAUGGCUGGAAUGAACUUCUGCAGGCCAUAUCCUUGGGUGCUAUCUUGCCAGAUCCUGCUUCGAACAAGAGAGACCCCCUCCCCACUCUGCUGCAAAUUGCAGUUGCAAUCACCAAGUCUGCUGCCUUGAACGUGGAUACAAGCAGCAGAGGUCAAGACGUCCCUCCUCAGAUACCCUUGGUUCCUUGGUCAAAUCUCAUUUUGCCAUGA